AUGGCACCACAAACUCAACCAUCAUCAUCUUCUUCUCGUCAAUUCACGAAUCAAAUUCGCAGUCUUCAUUCUAUCAUUCUACAGCGGCAUUCAUCGAGAAAAGCCGCGUUUUCUGGAAGCGUCCCAUCUUCUCAAAAAUCCCCUGAAAAUCGUCAAGAAUCAACAAUGGAAAAAGUGUAUCGAUACACUCGUGAUUUGGCACUUUCAAGAGACAAAAAAGUGGUGAAAAGGGCAUUCGAACGACUUCUCCAAUUGGAUUGCUCAUCUCAAAUAUUCAAAAAUGCGAAAACUUUGAAAACUGCAAUCAAAUAUCCAGGAUCAACGCCAUGUUUCAAUCGGGAAAUUCAUUUAUUGAAGUUGAAAAUCGAGAAAUUGGAGAAGAGAGAUCAACAGCUGAAUGCAAUGGAAUACGAUCCAUUUAAUCCUGCUGGAAUGAGCAAUUUCAAUGGACAAGAGAUGGACAAAUUGAUGGCCAAAUUUCCAAUUUACAUUCCAACUCAAAUCGGCCAAAAAAUCAAUAAAUCCAGUGAGCAGGAGGAGGAAGAGUAUGAUCCAUUUUUUGCAAUUUUCGAGAUCCCAAAUGAUUCGAGGAAGAUGGAAAUUCUCGAUUUAUUUGCCAUUUAUACACCAACACCAAUUUGA